CGAGCCGCUGACGCACUAGCCGCAUCUUCCCCCUACCUGCCGAUCCAAUUGCAAACCCGCGCUUGCCGCCGUCGAGCCGCCCGCCAGCCUUCACCCUUGUCACCGGUGAAACCCCCGGCGGUGGUCUUACAAGAAGUAUAGUGUGCGGUUUCAGUUGGGGAGGCGGAGAUGGGGAAGAAGCAGCACAGCAAGGACCGUAUGUUCAUCACGCGGACGGAGUGGGCGACCGAAUGGGGCGGCGCCAAGCAGAAGGAGGUCGCCGCGCCGUUCAAGCGCCUCCCCUUCUACUGCUGCGCACUCACGUUUCUUCCAUUUGAGGAUCCAGUGUGCACUGUUGAUGGAAGCGUCUUCGAUUUAAUGAGCAUAAUCCCAUACCUUAAAAAGUUUGGUAAACAUCCAGUAACCGGAGCACCGCUCAAGCAGGAAGAUUUGAUUCCUCUCACGUUCCACAAGAACUCAGAUGGAGAGUUCCAGUGUCCCGUUCUGAACAAAGUUUUUACAGAAUUCACUCACAUUGUUGCUGUAAAAACUACUGGAAAUGUCUUCUGUUAUGAGGCAGUCCAAGAACUUAACAUCAAACCAAAGAAUUGGAAAGAGUUGCUAACUGAUGAGCCCUUCACUCGAAAUGACUUGAUAACAAUUCAGAAUCCAAAUGUGCUUGAUAGCAAGGUCUUAGGGGAAUUUGACCAUGUCAAAAAGGGCCUCAAACUUGAGGAUGAAGAGUUGCAGCGAAUGAAAGAUGAUCCAACCUACAACAUAAACAUUUCUGGUGAUCUUAAGCAAAUGAUUAAGGAACUUGGGACGGAAAAGGGAAAGGAAGCUUUUUUGCAGGGUGGUGGGGGGCAGAAAGCUCAAAAGGAAAGAGCUGCCGCUCUUGCUGCUAUUCUAGCAAGAAAGGAGAAGGAUGACUCAAAAUCAGGAAAAGAACCUAAACCUCAUCAAACUUUCAGUAUAGUAGAUGCUGCUUCUGCUUCUGUUCAUGGCAGGAGUGCAGCAGCAGCAAAAGCAGCUUCUGCUGAAAAAACCGCUGCUAGAAUUGCUAUGCAUAUGGCAGGGGAUCGAGCUCCUGUAAAUGCUAAAUUGGUCAAAAGUCGUUACACAACUGGAGCAGCUUCACGCUCUUUCACAUCAACUGCCUAUGAUCCUGUUACUAAAAAUGAAUAUGAGUAUGUUAAAGUCGAAAGGAAUCCAAAGAAGAAAGGUUAUGUUCAGCUGCAUACGACCCAUGGUGAUUUAAAUUUGGAGCUCCAUUGUGAUAUAACUCCUCGGACGUGUGAAAAUUUCCUCACGCAUUGUGAAAACGGUUACUAUAAUGGCCUUAUCUUCCAUCGGAGCAUCAAAAACUUCAUGAUUCAAGGAGGUGAUCCAACUGGCACAGGUAGCGGAGGAGAGUCCAUAUGGGGCAAACCAUUCAAGGAUGAGCUGAACUCAAAGCUGCUACAUUCAGGAAGAGGUGUAGUCAGCAUGGCGAAUUCAGGCCCUCAUACCAAUGGAUCCCAAUUUUUUAUCUUGUACAAGUCUGCACCACAUUUAAAUUUCAAGCACACAGUAUUUGGCAUGGUGGUGGGUGGUUUAACCACACUUUCAGCUAUGGAAAAGGUUCCUGUUGAUGAUGACGACCAGCCAUUGGAGGAAAUAAAGAUUCUAAAAGUCAGUGUGUUCGUAAAUCCUUACACGGAGCCAGAUGAGGAAGAAGAAAAGGCAAAGGAGGAAGAGGAGAAGAAAAAGGAUGAGGAUUAUGAUAAGGUGGGAUCUUGGUAUAGCAACCCAGGAACUGGUGUUGCUGGUUCAACAAGCACUGGCGGUGGAGUUGGCAAGUAUCUAAAAGCUCGGACUGCUGGCUCUGUUGAUGUGACUGGAAACGCCGGGGCACCUGAUGAUUCGAGCAAGAAGAGAAAAGCGACCGCAUCGAGUGUAGAGUUCAAAGAUUUCUCUGGAUGGUAGAUGUUAUGUGCGUGUAUUUCCUCUUGCUUCUGUCAGAACUAUCUGCUGGUGCAUGCUCUGGUUGUAUUUUUAACAUGUUCUUUCAUUCUGUGGUAAAAGAAACUGUCCAAAAUGCACAAGGCCUCAUUUGGGGAGUGUAAAGUUUUGAUUCAAACUUGCCUCAUAUUGAAAUGCUACAAAUCCGCUACAA